AUGGCGGCGCUCUCUUCAGAGGUGGGGCAGGAUUCCGGCCCCGAGCCUACCGAGGGUGAUUUCAAGAAGCCGGUCCUGCCUCUGCCCUCUGCUCCGCGGGACCUUGCCCUGGGAUCCGCUCCUCAGGAGCGAGAGGAAGAGAAAGAGGGGGAGGAGAAGGAGCCACCGCUGCCUGGAGGUUCUGGGGAGCAGAGAGCCCGGCUGGCCCGGUGGCGAGACGUCUCGGAGCCCGGACCCGGGUCCUCAGCGGAGGAAAAGCUACGGCCAUCAAGGGCGGCGGCCUCUCCUGCCGGAAGCCCGAUUCCAGCUCCCCCGUAUCAGGAGCCGCCGUGGGGGGGCCCCCCUGACGUACCCUACAGUCUGGAGACGCUGAAGGGCGGCACCAUCCUGGGCAGCCGCAGCCUGGAGGGCCGGAGCCGUUGCGUGUUCGGGCGCCUGCCUAGCUGCGACGUGAUUCUGGAGCACCCUUCGGUGUCCCGCUUCCAUGCCGUGCUGCAGCACCGGGUGAGGGGCCAGGAGGUGGAGGACGACCCCCGCGGACCCGGCUUCUACCUAUACGACCUAGGGAGCACCCACGGCACCUUUCUGAACAAGGCCCGCGUCCCUCCCCGCACCUACUGCCGCGUCCACGUGGGCCACGUCCUCCGCUUCGGAGGCAGCACCCGGCUCUUUAUCCUGCAGGGACCAGAAGAUGAUAAGGAGGCAGAAUCCGAACUAACGGUAACUCAGUUGAAGGCUUUGCGAAAGCAGCAGCAGAUGAAAUUAGAGAAGAAGAUGUUGGGUGAAGACUCAGAUGAGGAAGAAGAGAAAGAUGCCACAGAAGAGAAGAGAAAUACUAGUAGUCAGGAUGUUGAGAUGGGGUGUACUUGGGGAAUGGGAGAAGAUGCCAUUGAAGAUGAAGUUGAAGAGAACCCUAUUGUCAUAGAGUUUCAGCAGGAACGUGAGGCAUUUUAUAUAAAGGAUCCCAAAAAGGCUCUGCAGGGAUUUUUUGACAGAGAAGGAGAAGAAUUAGAAUAUGAAUAUGAUGAACAGGGACAUAGCACUUGGCUUUGCAGAGUUAGGUUGCCUGUGGAUGAUUCAUCAGGAAAACAACUGGUGGCUGAGGCCAUUCACUCAGGAAAGAAAAAGGAAGCAAUGGUUCAGUGCUCCCUGGAAGCCUGUCGAAUGCUAGAUGCCUUGGGUUUACUGCGCCAGGAGGCAGUAUCUCGUAAAAGGAAAGCUAAGAACUGGGAGGAAGAAGAUUAUUAUGACAGUGAUGAUGAUACAUUUCUUGAUCGAACUGGCUUGGUUGAGAAGAAACGUCUUAACAGGAUGAAAAAAGCUGGAAAGAUUGAUGACAAGCCUGAGACCUAUGAUUCACUGAUUGGGAAGUUAAAUAAUGUAGAGAAAGAGCUUGCUGAGAUUACAGAGAAAUUGAAAGUCUCAGGCAAAGCCCUGACAGAGUCUACACCCCAGGAUUCUUUGGAUGCAUUCAUGACAGAAAUCAAAUCAGGGAGCACAUUAGAUGGUGUGUCUCGGAAAAAGCUUCAUUUAAGAACCUUUGAGCUAAGGAAAGAACAGCAAAGACUUAAAGGGCUGAUUAAACUUGUGAAACCAACAGAGAUGCCAGAGCUUAAAAAGACUGAAAACCAGGCUGAAAAUUUGGAAAACAAGCCUAAAAAGCUAGUAUUGCCUCUUUUUGGUGCCAUGAAAGGAGGAAGCAAAUUUAAAUUAAAAACUGGAACAGUAGGGAAGUUACCCCCUAAACGUCCAACACUCCCUCCAAGUUUGAUAAAAAUGAAAGAUGAGCCUGAAGAAGAGGAAGAAGAGGAGGACGAAGAAGAGCACAAAGAAGAAAUAAGAUCAGUGGAUCAUGGACCUCUUCAGAUGGAGAUGCAGUCAGAAGCAGCAAUACAAGAAACUUGUCCAACUCCAGAUAUUUCAAAUCAGAACAAACUGAUAGCUAUCAAACAUGAAAUAGGACCUCUGACUCAGCCCAGCCAGAAAGAGUUGAAUAAAGGGUGUCCAGAGGAUGGAGUGGCCCCAGUACAAGGGGGGUCCUCAGAGUCAAAGGACAGCUGUAAGCAGAGAAAGGAAGUACCGAAGAAAGCUGCUGGUCCAAGCAGAUUGCCACAGAUACUUUCCUCAAAGUAUCCAGAAGAUGAUCCGGACUAUUGUGUUUGGGUACCACCUGAAGGCCAGAGUGGUGACGGCAGGACCCAUCUUAAUGAAAAAUAUGGCUACUGAUUUCUGCAAGCUGCCAAGUCCUUUCUUUUAUUCAGUACUACUCAAGAAUUGUGGCAAGCACCAUUACCCCGUGCAGCUUGUCACCAUUUCAAGUUGGAUCACCAAGGAUGAGACGUUUGGGAGACUCUUUGUAAAAAAUUGGAUGUCUUGAUCUCUUCACCCAGAUUUUUGACUUUCUGAACUGAUGAUCUUUUAUUUUUGUCUCCCUUCUGAAAUGAUUCAUGUUCUUGGUGUUCAUGUAUCAAAGUGAAAGCUUAUGUAUGUAUAUAAGAUAAGAACUGUGUACUUCCAGGCUUAGUAAAGCAGGAGAAACAUGUUUUCACGAAUUUUCUACAUCAUUAAAAAAAAUUUGUUGA